CAUGGAGGUUGAAGCUAAAAGAACCCACUUUCAUCAAAAAGGAAUAGCGAAAAUGUCGAUUACCCAUGUCCUAAUCCCUGAGGAAAGUGUCACAAUUAUCAGAAAGCAAUCUUUAUCGUCUUCCACUGUCCCCAGGCAUGAAAAACAUCAAUCAUUUCUCAUGGCCCCUCACAUCAAACUUUCCAGAUAACCAUAUACCUAAACCAUGGAGUUUUACCCACUCUGCAAAACCCCAUUACACCCAUACAACAACAAUCACCACCACCACCGGGCGCCGCCCAACCAAAAAUGGACGAAUCAUGGAGGAUGAGAAUGGGAUCAACGGCAACGGCAACCAAACACCAACCCAGUAACCUCCCUCCGCGACGCUCGGCGGAUGAAGCAGAUCGCCCGAAUGGUGACUGUGGCUACGAAUCCCUAGAUCCUGAGGACUUUGAUGAUGUGUUCGGUGGUCCACCUCGCAGUGUGCUUUCUCGUCAAUACUCCGUUGAUGCCGACUUCGCGAGGUCAAGGAAUUUGGUAUUUGAAGAUAUUUUUAGGAAACCGAAAGGGUAUAUGGAUUUGGGAGGGAGGAGUGAUCGGACGUUGCCGGAGUUUAGAAUUCCGGAGAGUCGAACAGGAGGAGGAGAAAGGCGGAGGACUGAAGAAGAGUUUUACAGUGAUAUAUUUGGUAACUCCAGAAGAUCGAGGUCGAGAUCUAAGUCGCAUACCAACUCAAAUUCGAAAUCAAAGUCGAAUUCGUCUUCAAUCUUGAGUUCGGAGGAAGUGAGUCCGUUUCGGCCGGCGGUGGUGGACGACGACGACGUCUCUUUCUCUUCCUUUGCUUCCAAGCUCAGGCCAAUAAAUGUCUCAUCGAAAUGGAACACAUCGGAGAAGAUGCAAACGGCGGAGGAACAACCGGAUCCUCCUUGGAGUUGUAAUUCUUUCGCUAAAACCCAAAGCGUCGAGAGUGAUUAUAUCCAGAAAUUCAAAGGUUGCUAUUCCGGAUUCUCACAAAGGGUUUCAUCUCCAGAAAUUAUCAGUUUUGGACUCGAUUCAUACACCAGUACUCUCAAGGAGUCCAUAGAGGAUCUGCAAGUCAACUCCCCGGCAUCAUCCGCAGUGUCUUCGUUUUAUCAGGAGCAAGAUGAAGGAAAAGACAUCGAUCCAGAAGACGAAGAAGAAGACGAAGACGAAGUUAUGAGCUCUUACGUAAUUGAAAUAAACCCUAGGAAUCGGGAAAGAAUAGGCGAAGGGAUCGGUAUAGAUGAAGCGAUUGCUUGGGCUAAACAAAAGUGUGAAACGCGUAAUUUGGAGAAAGUAUGGAGUAAAGAAGAAGCUGAGGAAGACGAAUGUGGUGGCGUAGAAGACACAAACACAAACCCAGCUGGUGUAAAACAGGUUCCUGAAGUGCAGAUCACCGGACAUUCAUCAAGAGAAUCACCAUUGUUGGAUAAACAAAAGGAAUGGACUACAGAAGAAUCACUGGAAAAAGAUGCGAGCCCAUGUAAACAGAUGGAACUAGAAUUGUUGGAUGAGGAUAUAAAAUUGUGGUCUGAUGGAAAAGAACCAAACAUCCGAUUACUUUUAUCAACAUUACAUCAUAUUCUAUGGCCUAGUAGUGGCUGGAUCAUGAUACCUUUAUCAAACCUCAAAGAAAGCUCAAAUGUGAAGAAAGCUUAUCAGAAAGCACGAUUAUGUCUGCACCCUGAUAAACUCCAGCAACGAGGUGCCACCAUCCCACAAAAAUAUGUUGCAGAGAAAGCAUUUCCAAUCCUACAGGAUGCAUGGGCUACUUUUAUAUCAGAAGAUGUUCGUUCAUCUGUAACAUGAAAGUGGAUGCAAGAAUCUGUGUGAACAUGUUUAGACACACACACACACACACAUACAUACACAUAAAAAACACACACACAAACACAUAUGUAUGUAUGUAUAUAUAUAUAUAUAUGUAAAGGGAAGUUGUGAUGGGUUGUGUAAUGAUAAAAAUGGAAAAGCAUGAUUUGAGAAGAUGACUGCAGAAGAAUUUGCAGGAGUGGUGUGUUUUGAAGAGAUAUAGAAGAUAUUAAGAUAGUGUUUGUUUGUGUCAUCAAGUAACGAUAUUCUGACAUGUUGGUUAUAAAUUUUGUGGUUUUUCUUUUUUAAUUUAAACUUGAGAUUAGUAAUCUGAAUUAAUGAGUGUGUGAAAUUGUUACGUGUUUGUUGUAUAAAAACAAACAUAGUUGGUGCUU